UAUGUAUGAGUUAUUUUUUUAAAAUAUUUUUUUAAUUUUUGUUUUAUCUAAAACUUGCAUUUAACCGAAAUCUAAUUAGAGCUGGGAGAUCAUUAGAAAACUUCGAUAUUUACUUUUAAGUCGUUCAGUAUGCGCUCAUUAUUACUGUUGUAAAUGGACCGACUCUUUAUCAUACCAACCACUUCCAACUUACGUUGGCAAUGUUGGCAUUCGAGUGAGAUCUAAGAGUAAUUACAAUCUGUAGGCAUAAAAGGUCCCAGAAGCGUUUUACCCCUUAUAUCUAUUAUUUUAUGGUUUGAACGUGAUUUUUUGUUACUCUGAGUCAAGGAUCAAGGCUGUCAAACAUAUAUUGAAAAAAAUGUUUUGUAUUUUGUAUAAUGUAAUGGUGCAAGUUUAGAUUGUGAACCGUAAUUGAAGGUUUGGGACUGUUUGCAAAUACUAAAUAGUUCCUAUAUUAUAUUACAUGGUGUUUGAAUAUGUGAAAAACACGAAUUAAAUUUAAUAGGUGAUAACUUCUCAUGGACUUCAAUUCUACUUGCUAGAUUUUAUAGCUGAACUGAACUCGGUUUAUUGUUCCUCCUCGCUUUGCACUGAUCUUUUUUAUUAGAAACUAUGGAUAACGUAGAUGAGGUUAUAGAUUUAAAACCUAGGUUGAAGGAAUCGCGGAAAAAUGUCUAUGGAUGUGCCAUAUGUGGCUUUCAAACACUAUAUAGGUCAAAUCUUAGAAAGCACAACAUGGUUCACUUGGCGCCGGAAGAACGACAUUUACUGAAGAAAUCGCAGAAAAAGGUCAAGUGUUCCAUAUGUGACUAUCGAACACGAGAUAUGACAAACCUUAGACAACACGAGGCAGUUCACUUGGCACCUGAAGAACGGGAGUUGUUUGGUUGUACGCACUGUGAAAAAAAAUAUAUGUCAGAAAAGGGCCUAAAAGCGCAUCUUAAGGAUCAUAGUGAUUCCAGGUUGCCGAUGCCUGAACUGAAGGAAUCGCAGAAAAAGAUGAGAUGUUCCAACUGUGACUACCAUACAUCACGUAUAUCAGACCUUAGACGACACGAAGCAGUUCAUUUGGCACUGGAAGAACGACAAUUGUUUGGUUGUACGCACUGUGAAAAAAAAUAUACAACAAAACACGGCCUAAAAGAACAUCUUAGGGAUAUUCAUCUUGAGGAUAUUCAUAGUAAUUUCAAAUCGCAAAAAGUUGAGAAAAAAGACUAUAGAUGUGCCAUAUGUGGCUACCAAACGCUAGAGAGGUCAAAUUUUUACAGACACAAGAAAAUUCACUUGGCACCGAAAGAACGACAGCUGUUUUGUUGUACGCAUUGUGAUAAGAAAUAUGCAUCAAAAUGUAGCUUACAAUACCAUUUUGGGUAUGUUCAUACUGAUCCCAGGUCAGAGGAUGCGCAGAAAAAUAUCCAUAAAUGUUCGAAUUGUGACUACCAAACGAUAAUUAUGUCAAACUUUAAACAACACCAGAAAAUUCACUUGGCACCAGAAGAACGGCAGAUGUUUGCUUGUACACACUGUGACAAGAAAUAUAGAAAUAAAGAUAACUUAAAACAUCACAUUGAGAAGAAGCAUAAUGUUUCCAGGCCGAAUGGAGGGCAGAAGCAGGUCUAUAGCUGUACUAUAUGUGGCUACGAAACACCACGUCAGUUCAAUUUUAACACCCACAAGCAAAUUCACUUGGCACCGGAAGAACGACAGUUGUUUGCCUGUAGGCAGUGUGACAAGAAAUAUACGUCGAAUCAGACAUUACAACGUCACAUCAAGUGUAGUCAUGUUGAUUCAAGAAAUGCUGAUUGUAUAUCUCCAAAUAAUAAAGUGAUAUUAGAUUCUUUAAAAAUUGAAGUUAAUAAUGACGUUCCGCUUUUAGAAAACCAUAAAAAUGCUGCAUGUCUAUCUGUGACAUCUGUGCCUAGCAAAAUAAAAUCAGAAAUUUUUUUUAAAACAGAAAUUGAAGAUGACUCUCCGGUUUUGAAUAAUAACAUACAUGCUGACUUGGAGAAUACCGAUUGUCUAUCUGUGACUAAUGAAGUAAAAUCAGAGGAUUUUUUAAAAAUAAAAAUUGAUGAUGUUCCGUUUUUUAAUAAAGACAUGCCCGAUUACUUUAAAAAUAGCGAAGAUUUUUCUGUAUCUAAGAAAAUCAAGUUAGAAGAUUUCAUAAAAAUGGAACCUGAUGACGCUCCGCUUUUGGAUGAAGACCGCGCAUUUUAAUAUAUAAUAUUAAAACAUAAUUAUAUAUUAUUAUAUAAUUAUUAACUUAUUAAGAAUUUAACUGAUUUGUUUAAUUUUCGAUAAAAGAUUUACAAGUUA